AUGGAGGAAGAAGGGCUCUUCAGGCUGAUGGUUUGCACACCUGCUGGGGCUCCAGGAUACCGCUACGUGAUCCUGGACAUCCCUCUGCUCUUCAAGACCCACGGGUUGACCAAGUUUAUGAGAUACACGGUCCUGGUUUAUUGUGACCCCCUGGCGCAGUGCGCGUGGCUGAUGAGGUGGAACGGGCUGGACGUGGCCGCAGCUGAUGCCUGGAUCAGCUCCCAGAUCCCACUGGAGGAGAAGCUCCAGCAGGCAGCUCACAUCAUUGACAACUCGGAGGACAGGGAGAGCACUCGCCGGCAGGUGCUGCGGCUCCACACCCGCCUCAAGGAUUCCCUGGAUUUUUUCUGGGCCCAGCUGGCAGUGGGCGAGGCCGUCGACGGGCUCGGGGGGCUGGUGUUCCUCCUCCUGCGGCAUCUCAUCUCCUAAUUCACCUUUUCUCUUAGUCAGGGAAGGGGCCUGAAUUCCCUGGUUUGAAAAGGGCACCAAAAGGCCACCUCUGUUAAU